AGGCUUGGAUUACAACGCUACUCUGAUAGAUAGUUAGAUACAACAAUCCCCAUUGGACGGCAUCUCUAAAUCUCUCUUUUGUUUGGAUUUUUUGAUGGUUCUAAUAUCAACUUGGACCGUGUUUCAGGGCCGAUCAACUAGCACAGGGCCCGAUCCUAUCAGGGUUUCUUAUCCAUUGUUGACCUUAGUCAAUUCAAAUAGCAGACAUGUUUCUACAUUAUUCAAAGAAAGUAACAGUCAUUGUAUUUUCAUCUUUUGGUAGUACCCUACAUCCUUGGUGUAGUGCCCUUUUAGCUUUUCUUUCCUGUAGAAAGGCAAACCAAACAAGGUAAGCAUUCUAAACAUGCAUAGAGCCAUAGACUAACCACGACUUUACAGUUCAUCUGUUGCACCAUUAUUUUACCGAUCUCUGUGGAAAGAAGACUCCACCUUACAUCAAUCUCUAAAGCGAGAAGAAAAGCACCCUUCUAACAAACACUUAUUGGAAGCUUAUGAAAGCAAACACCUUUGUUUUAUUGUUUUCAUCCCCAUAAAGCAAACCCACCACCUUCUCCUAAUACCUUUCCUCUCCUUUAAUCCUGAGGUCUUCUUUCUUAGUAAGUUUAGCAUCCCUGUCUCUUCUUCACUAAGAAACUUAGCUUUCUUCUACAUAAUAGGAGACAUCAUAAGAGACUAUCUAUCCAUUUCACAAGUUUCCAUACCUUGAUUUUGUAAGCGGAGCGAGAGCAGAGGGAAUGAUGAGUGCUGAUUGGGGGCCGGUCGUUGUUGCAGUGGUCUUGUUCAUUCUCUUGUCUCCGGGGCUGCUAUUCCAAUUACCAGCAAGGACGAGGGUGAUGGAGUUCGGAAACAUGAUGACAAGUGGGAUUGCUAUCCUGGUUCAUGCCAUCAUAUACUUCUGCAUACUUACUAUCUUGAUCAUUGCAAUUGGUAUUCACAUACAUAUAAACUAAUUCAAAUCAUUUUCAAUUCUCAGUCUAAUUCAUUGUAAAGUUUUCUUCUAAGCGAACUUCUUAUGUGUUUUGCGCUCCUUGUUUAAUGUUUUACUGCUACCUCGUUGGUUUAUUUUACUUCAACUUGACACUGACACAUUGUGAAGCAUCUUUAUGAAAUGAAAAUAGUUAUGCCUUACAUCUCCCCAGGCUCUA